AUGAGAUUAAUAGUAAACUAUGAUCCAAGCAGCCUUGGAAUUAUUAUUACCGCUAAGUUUUUUGGUGUUGCCCUAAUAACUUUAGGCGUUAUUGUCAGCAUUGAUCAUGCUGAUUUUUCAGAAAUUGUUGGUUCUGCUCUAUAUGCAAGCGGGUCAUAUGUUUUGGUUUUUUCCGGAAUUAUUACACUUAUGAUAUCAGUAUUUGGAUAUAUAGGUGUCGACAGAGAAAAUCGCUGUUUUUUGAUUACUUACCUCAUUAUUCUGAUACUCGUUUUGCUGUUGAUUUUUAUUUCUGGAAUAAUCAUACUUGCCUUCAAGGAUUCUCUUUCGGAUGCUGCUAAAAAUUUCAUGUCAACUUCAAUCGUUAGCCAUUACGGACGGUAUCAAAUAAUUACAAAUGUUUGGGAUCUGGUUCAAAAAAAAUUGAGGUGUUGCGCUGUUGAGAAUAGGGGCUGGGGCAUUUAUAAUAGUUCUUGGUGGAACCACUUUUAUAAUGCUGACAUAUAUGAUGGAAAAACUAGAAUCCCAGGUACUGUUAAUUGCCUAGCUCAUACAAUAGAGACAAAUUUGUUUUUCCUGUUUGUGCCUUUGUCCUGCUGCUGGACUUUAGUUGACCCACGUACAGGAUGGCCUUCUGAUGUGUUUCGUGAUCAGAAUCGUUGUCGAAAUUGGCAA